AAGCCAACCUAUAACAGUUCUUGCUGCAGUCUGAACGUGUGGAUCAAACGUGUGAAGAACGAUCACAAUGAAUCCACAAGAAAAAACUAAGUUUGCGUCUUUUUUUAAGAAAUCUACAGAUAAAACAAGUUCUAUUUGGAACCGAAAGAAGAUUCUCCAGAAAAUUACAAAUGCUCGGAAAUUACAGAAAAAUAAAGUAUCAAAUUUCGAAACUCAAAAACAAACAAGGGAAGGUCCGAGCAGGUUUCGAGCAGUAGUGCAUGUAACUAAAGCAGCAGUUUAUAGAGCUCCAAAGUUGUUAUCUAUCAAUUUGGACACUCCAAGAGUUAAACCAGAGGUCAAAACUACAGAAACGACCACAAAAUUAAAAACCAACAUUCUACAAGGUGUAAUUGACAAAAAACAUGAGUAUGACGCUGAUAUACCAUCUGUUAAUGCUAUUUGCUGUGAUGAGAAAAACUCAGUUUGGAUAGGAUGCUGGAACAGGUCACCAGUCCGUAGUCUCGCGUGCAAUGAUAAAAUACAAUCUAAGGAACAAUACGAUAUGCCAGUCUCUGAUAUGACAGUGUUGUCAUCAGGAGAUAUCCUCUUCACUAAGUUUGGAGAUUGUGCAAUAAAGAAACUGUCGAGAAAAGAUGGAACUAUAUCUACGUUUCGUGGCUGCAUGCCUCUUUUUCCAGAGGGUAUCCAUGUAACAAGAUCAGGAGACAUACUGGUGACAGUUGUUGAUGCAUCAAAUUUCUUGGUUACAAAAACGACCACACGAAAAGUAAUUAAAAUGAAUGACUCUGGAAAACUCAUUAAGGAAAUUGAAUAUGGUAGUCACGGACUCAAACUCUUUAUUUUACCAUAUAGAGUAACUGAAAAUGUAAAUGGUGACAUUUGUGUCGUAAAUAGAACAGGCGUAUACCUCGGACAAAUCGUUGUUCUUGAUAAAGAAGGAAAUUUAAAGUUCACGUAUGACGGAAAUCCAAGCCAGCCUUGCAGUGACUUUAUACCAAUGAGUAUAGCUUGUGACAAUAAUGGUUGUAUUAUUGUAGCUGAUCCUAGUGACUUUGCUAUUCAUAUUCUUGAUAAGACCGGAAUUUUGAUACAAUAUUUGAACUCCUUUAAGAUAGGUAUUAGUCCCCCUUUAAGUGUUUGUGUAGACCAAAAAGGAUGUUUAUGGGUUGGGUGUAUGAUAGAAGAGGGGAAACAGUCAAAUACAUCAAAAGUAUAUGCACUGUGUUGAUAAUUAUUUUAAAAGUUAAGCGGGAUGUGCAAUAUUUCUUCAAAUUGUAAUGUGUAAUAUGAUGUUAUUAAACUUAUUUUCAAAUGGUA